ACAUUAUCCAAGCUACACUACCAUGCGCAUCAAGGACACACUAGCCAGUGGUUGAGUACGGAUAAUUCAUCCCCAUUGCUUCGAUGAGUACUAUUUAAAGCUGCUCCUGUAUCUCGCCCGAAAAGGAUAGAGGCUACAGCAUGAGAAUCACCAUGAUGCCUGCAAUUUAUGCAGUCUCGAGAGACCGGUUUUUGCAUCCGCCCACUCAGCCUUAUAUUCGACCAAAGCUCGCUUGAUAUAUCAAAAAGGCCACGGCAUCGCCUGCAGGUCUACAGCAAGCCACAAGAUAGCGCUUCAUCUGAUUUGCGCGUCAGACAGAGAUGAAGUUCUUAGUCUGUCUGAUAGCGUGUAGCCCACCAAUCUGCUAAUGCGCGUAUGCGCCCUCUUUCUCAGCUACUCGAGUAAGACCCCGGUCAUCAUGCCUCCUAAUUUCAACUCCCAAUCCCCAAGCGGGGUUGACGGCAAGUGGUGUCUCGAAAGCCCAAGGUGCGGUGAAGAGACGCCGUCCAUAUAUCUUGAGCUCGCAUCUCGACAUCUCCGUCGACUUUGCAGCCUUCCUCAACCCUCAAUCAACAUCUCCAUCAUGAAGAGGCCUACUUCUCUUCCCGUCUCUUUCACGGUCCAGGGGGUCACGAUUCCAGCCCUCGGGUUGAGCACAUUCCCUGGUGAUGCGACCAACGAGAAGGUCAAGGAUGUCGUGUUCAAGGGCCUGUUGUGCGGGUAUCGCCACAUUGACACAGCGGCCGCGUAUUUGACCGAGCAGGCGGUAGGAGAAGGGAUUGAAAAGAGUGGGCUUCCUCGAGAAGAGAUCUUCGUGACUGCCAAGCUACCCCAAACGUGCCACGCUGCUAGCGAUGUCGAGGGUGCUCUUGGUCGCACCUUGAGGGCGCUCAAGCUGGACUACGUGGACCUUUACCUCAUGCACUUUCCACAUGCCCUGGUUAAAGGCCCCGAGUAUCUGCCCCGGCAAGAGUGCGAUGGAAAGCCUGUGGUUGAUCACUUUUUAUCAAAGCGAUAUCCUGAAACCUGGCGUGCCAUGGAACGGCUUGUCGACAAUGGCAAAGCGAGACUCAUUGGGGUCUGCAAUUUCAACAUUCUCAAACUCAACAGGUUGCUUCAAACGGCCCGAAUCCGACCCGCUGUCAACCAGGUCGAACUCCAUCCUUAUCUUCCACAGAUCGAUCUGCGAGAGUUUUGCAAAAUGGAGGGAAUUCAUGUCAUGGCUCAUCAGCCGCUCGGGGGCAAGCCUUCGUUGCGUGAUGGCCCGGAUGCCCAUCAUAUAAGACCAUUGAUAGAUACGGAUAUUCUCCAGCUGUCUAGAAAGAACUUUCGGGGCCGGGCUCAGCUCAUCCUCUCCUGGAUCGUGCAGCAGAAUAUAUCCGUGGUCCCCAGGACCACCCGGAUCGCACAUCUAAUAGAUAACAUGAACCUGAAGCGGCUGACGAGCGACCAAAUGCUUGGUAUGGCGAUGAUCAGCAGGACGGUGGGAGAAUUCCGUUUCUCGGACCCUCGCCACGAACUUGGAUUUGAUAUAUUCGAUGAAAAGGAAGACCAGCCGGAGGUGGAAUGGGACGACGACCCUUUGUUAAAAAGGUAUCCCGAGCUUUUGACCUUCUAGCUCGGAGUCAAGUGUAUAGCAUUACAUACUACAUGGCCUUUUGUCUCCUGGAUAGCAC